AAAGAAACCACUUAUCGUAGGAAGAGGGUAAUUUCAAUUUGGUUACGGUGCACUGGGUGGAGUGAAGUUAUGGAGACCUUCAACUGAUGAUCUCAUGACCUGAACAAUUUCAUUCCGUCACUCUGCUCGUUCUGCAGUUUUCUCCUACUCGAAGUUGUACUUUGAGGGUUGGACGAUCUCCCUUUCCAUAUCAAGAUGAUCUGCUCUGUUCCGUCUGCUAAAUCGGAAUCGAGUUGGUUGGACCGGCUUCGGUCUUCUAAAGGUCUUCCCGUCGGCGAUGAUCUCGAUCUUGAGGGCUUCCUAAACCCUAACUCCGAUCAGGCUCUUACCUCCGACGUCAUUGUUUCUGAUGUAGUUCAGGAGAAGGACUCCCCUAAGCUAAUCUCCAAUUCUGCACCGUUGGACACCAAAUCAGUCGCAGAACGGAGGAAAAACUCCGUCAGUUCCGGCUUCAGGAAGCAUAGGAAGAAGGAAAACUUGUUUAAUGUAAUGACCAAUGUUCUUGCUGAGCUUUUUAACAUGGGAGACCAGGCCAGCCUCGACAGGAUUAGAGGAUCUGGGGAGAAAAAGAGCUCUCGGAAACAACCUAACCCUAGACUUUGUUUGUUUUCUGCAUCUGCGAACGUCGACGAUGGCCGCUCCGCUAGUCUACGGAAGGCUGACGGUGUACCCUCAAUGUCACCUUCAAGCGCCGAUAACAGUGUAACAGAAGUUAAGCAAAACGAGUAUAGCCUCGUGACAAAGAAGAGAGGAAAGAGUGCUUCUCUUUCUCUCGCAGAGGAGAAGUCGCAGUUGGAUCCUUCGUCCUACUCUUGCGUCGAAGUAACCAUCAUAGACACGAGUUCUUCAAUUUGGAAAUCUGGGAAACUGAUUUUUAGGAAGGGGAAUGUUUGGAAGGUCCGUGACAAGAGGUGGAUGUCUGGGAAUUGGACCGCGUUUAGAAAAAAGAGGAAGGCAAGUGAGUCUGAUAAGAAGGUCGGUGGAAAGAAGAAGAAGGUUGGAGGGAAGAAGAAAAAAAAGCUUUCUCGACCACCGUUGAACACAUCCAAGGAGGCAGGUCGGGAAGAACUUACAAAUCCAUCCUAUGAGGUUCAUCAGAAUGCUGCUGAGGAACUUUGCAAGGAGACACCAGAUACUGGAAGCCAAGUUCCUAAAAUGAGGUCACAGUUCUCAAGGUCACCAAGGAAACCUGCCAACAGUUACUCCCCUGUUUUCCAUGUACAAGGCAUUUCUGCAAGUAUGAUGGAACAGGGUGUGCAGCCUCCAAGCAGCAGCAAUCUCUAGGAUACUUGCUGAAGACUUUGCUAGAAAUUGAUGCAUCCAACUUGUUAAAAUGGACAUAGAUCAACAUGAAAUGCCCUCACUGAAAUGAAGAAACCAGCAAACCAGGUGCACUUCAGCCAGCUAACAGGUGAGGUGAGUUCAGGAGAUCUGUAAAGUGAAUUUUCCCCGAAAGGAGAUCUGCUUGGCCUGAAAAGCUGGAAGAGUUAACAAGUGAGGUCAGGAUAUUGAAUCACUUUUGUUGGAUCAAUUUCGAAUUGACUGAAUUUAUCUCGUCUUAUCUUGGAGCAAUUGGAUUGCCAACGAUUUUUAAUUCUCUUUUCCAGGAAAAUGCUUUUCAAUGUCCAGUGCUGAAUCUUUGUCACCUUACCCAUAAGACCCUAGAGCAGAGCCUUUUUGCAUUGCACGUAGAGGUCAUCACUGUUGCACCAACCGAUAUAAGUUUCCCUUUGCUUCAAGGGGGUGGCAGUUUUAUCUCUGUCCGGCUCUUGGUUUUACCUUGCUGCGGGGGUCACUUGUAUGCAACUGAUUUUGCAGCUGCACUGGCUUGAUUGUCAUUAGUCGGUGGUGCGUUUAUUAUAAGUUUAUAACAAUGUAGGGAUUAUUUGGGUUCUAGUUUCUCUGGUCUUUAUUGUUUAAAAAAAUGUUAUUUUCGUAUGGUAACUUGUAAAUGAUGACCGGUUACUGCUAUGUUAUAAUUAUGUUAUUAAUAAAAAAAUUGUGUAAUUUUAUCA